CCGACUGAGGCGGGGCGAGACGGCGGGCCAGACGGCGGGCCUCGCGCUGCAGACUGACAGACCAGCCUCCAACCGUCCCCCCCCCGACAGCUGCAUCCCGACCCUGCCCUGCAUCGCGCCGUGCGAACAACACAACACGCAGCCACGCUGGUUUCGACGCGCCCCUCUCCGCCCUCGACGUGCCUCCGACACCACGCUUCAGUUCAAGAGCUGCGCAUGGUUUCCUACCCGGACUCGCAGGGCGCAGAGCGCUCGCUCGCCAUCCGCCGCCCGCCCUCGGUCGCGUCCCAUUCCUCCCGCGCCUCUACCGUCCGAAGACAUCGCCCGCACCGGUCGCAUUUUGGCGCUUCGUCGUUCCAGCCGCAGAACGAGUUCCCCGUCUUUACACACACGGGCGAUGUCGACAUCGCAAUCGCGAACGGGAGGAAAGAGCAGCGCUAUCUGCUUCACAAGCUGAUUCUCACCCAGUGCUCGGGCUUCUUCGAGGCGGGGUUGAGCGACGAGUGGGCGAAUGCGGGAGAGGCGAGCAGCGCGCCGAAUGCGAAUCCCGCGGCGCUGGCAAGGAUACCGGGCGCACCGCAGGAGAAGAAGAGGUGGAAGUAUGAGCUGGACUGGGCGAAGGACGAAGAGAUACCAAUGCUGAUCCAGAAGAAAGGCCAGCCUACGUUAUUUGGAGGCGACUCAACACCGCCGUCGCAGCCACCGCCGGCGCGCAACAAGCCUCCGCCUCCGCAGGCGGGCUUCUUCCGGAGCAUGGCCAACUUCUCCUCCCUCCACGUGCCCGCCAGCCAGUCUGACCCCGACGAUGACACCUUCCGAGACUACGAUAACCUAUUCCGAGUCUUCUACAACUACCCUCCGACGCUGGAUCCUAUAAACAUCGCCAAUGCCUACGUAGAGUGCAAGUCUCUCCUCCAGCUCGCGGAUAUGUACGAUGCGCUCGAGGUCAUUGGGCCGCGGGUAGACCACCAUCUGCUGCGCUUCCAGGGCCGGUUAUGGAAGCAGAUCGCCAAGUACCCCCCGAGCUACCUCAAGCUAGGGUUUAUGGCGCGAAGCAAAGCCAUCUUCUCGGAGGCCAUGGUACAUGUGGUGGGACAGUGGCCGCAAGGGAUCAAUCAGCUCCGUGGUCAGAUCUCGGAGUCCGUAUUGGAACUGAUAGAGGACAAGGUUGACGAGAUGGACGAGCUGAAAGCAAAGAUCGAGGUCAAGCUCUUCCGGUUAACGCUCACCACAAGCCGAGGCGAGCGCGUCACGCCAUCGAACAACUGGCUGGAGUGGAUGGCUAUAUCGCUCUUCAGACAAUGGCUCGCAGAGAACACAACGCCGCCGCCCGCUCCAAUAUUAAAGUCGCCACGACAACCUUCGCGGAACGGAGAGAAUGCGCCGCUUCCCGCUCCUCCACCUUUCAAUACUGGUCGCAUAUUCCGGCUUCUUGGGCAAGGAGGCGGCAGCUACCUCGGCCACGACGAGUGCAAGCGCUUCCUCAAGCUGAAUCCGGAGUAUUAUAACCGCGAUAAUCUAAAGCGCUUCGAAAGACGAAUAGAAGAGAUCAAGAACAAGGCGAAGGACACAGUGAAGCCAUUGAUGAGGAAUUUCUUGGAGCUCGAUCUGAGAGAAGGCGGGCUGCCGUAUCUGACGUGCACGAGAAUAGAUCCGCAGGAUUUCCCCUGGGAAGAGUAGGAUAUCGAAAUUGCAUCUAUGGAAGAGGACGGCGUUUCAUGAUAUUUGCUGCUCUUUGGCGCAGACCGGCUGGGGGAUCUGGGCCUCGCAUCUUUAUGGUUGAUUUUGGGCGCCUGAUACCCUCUAGGAUGAUAGUGCUGUGUAUAUCGUUCAUUUUGCACAUUUCUGAUUAUGUAGUUCAUGAGGUAUU